AUGUCUUGCAGCCAGGAAAUAUCUUUUCUGGAGAAUCCUACAGUAUUCCGAAAUCUUUGUUUUGGUCUCACAGCUCUAGAAGUAAUAAUUACUAGUUAUUCUAUGUAUCUCUUACUUUUUCAUGCUCCUCAACAGAUGAAAGAAAUGAAAUGGUACCUUCUGAAUUUGUCUUUAUGGACGAGAUCAAUGGAUUUAAUGUAUUCUUUACUGGUGGUUCCUUAUUUUUUCAUUCCAACUCUCGUUGUUCUUCCAGUUGGAGUAUUUAGUUUGAUCGGUGUCCGAACGGAAAUACAGCUUGUCAUGCUAGUUUUGAUUAUUUCUGGUUACGGUAGUUUUCGUUGUGGGACCUUCGGCCACGGCCUACGGUGUUUCUCUUCCACAGCUCCGGUUUUUUCUGUAUCAGAACAUUACAUUAUACAUGCAACGAAUCGUUUCAAUGCUAUAUCUCCGCCUCACUUUCGAUUUAAAAUCCAUAGAAGACGAGCAUAUCAUUCAAUUAUAUCAGAAAACUGCAAAGCAAUAUUAUUCCGAGUACUUCUGUGUCCGAUUCCUCAAUUCUUCACAACUGCAUUCUCAUUUAAACCAGUUUUAGUUCCACUUCUUAUCUCAACUGUUCUUCUAUUUUCUUUAUUAAUAUUAAUACAAGUUAUCACAUUUGCAUUUCUCAGUUUUUAUUUUCUCUUUUCUCUCGAGAAGAGCAAAAUGUCCCAAGCUACUCGGAACUUACAAAAGAAAUUCUUUCUCACUGCGUGGUUACAGAUUUUGACCCAUCUUGCUGUUAUCGUAAUUCCCAUGGGAUAUACAUUUUUCUCAUUUUUAUUGAGAUACCGGAAUCAGAUUCUUGUUAAUCUGUCUACUAUCAUCAUCACACUUCAUGGAAUAAUCACUUCUAUAUCCUCAAUUGCUAUCAACCGUCCAUUCCGGAAUCAUGUCAAGUCUUGGCUCUGUCCAAAAAGAUUAAGAAACCGAAGAAGUAGCACUAAUUUAAAUGUGUUGACUGUUUCUUCUAGUUGGUUUUAA